CACAAUUCUAGUUCGGAAAAGUCGUUGGCGAAGCAGUUAUAGAUUGUAUGUUUUGUUUGGAACCAACAAUAUAAUAUUAUAAAGGAUAUACAUAUUACUUUUAGAUACGAAAAAAUUGUUUUUAUGUUUCAAACAUUAUGGGCGAAUUUAUUGCAUCUAACAACGUUAGUGGACAAAAUCUGCUUCGCUUGGUUUCUAGAGGAAAUGCAGUUAUUGCAGAAUUAAUGUGUUUGAAGGAUUAUAUUCCUUCAGUUUAUAGAUUGGAUUCGAAAAGACAUGUUCAAAAGUAUAGUUUAAUACUAAUGGAUUUUGCUUAUUUCAAGUCAACGAAUCUUUACGAAGAAAGGAUUGAGAAAGAUUUCAAUUUACAAUCUUUGGAUGAAGAAUUGCGGAAUAGCUAUUCUCACAUUCUUCUUAGAUUUUAUCUAGCUUUCGAGAGCAUUCAUAAGUACAUUACAGAAUUAAAUGCUUUUGUUGACGAACUUGAGGAAGGAAGUUAUAUUCAACAGUCUGUAGAAUCCGUAAUGUUGAAUGAAGAAGGGAAGCAAUUAAUGUGUGAAGCAAUUUAUUUAUACGGAAUUAUGUUACUUUUGGUCGACUUUUACUUCGAAGGGCCUAUCAGGGAAAGGUUGCUUGUCUCCUAUUAUCGUUAUAAUGCCCACAGUUCAUCAUCCACACGAGUCGAUGAUGUUUGUAUGCUUUUGAGAUCAACGGGAUUUGUAAAAUCGCCUGGAAAAAGAGUGCCAAACUAUCCAGAAUCAUUUUUCCAGAGAGUGUCGAUCAAUUCAUCUUUAAUUGACCUUGUUAUUGCGCGUUUAAGGUCUGAUGAACUUUACAGUCAAAGUGUUGCAUUUCCUCAUCCUGAGCACCGUAGUAUGGCUUUAGCUAAUCAAGCAUCAAUGUUGGUCGUGAUAUUAGCAUUUAAACCAUCGAUAUUACAUAAUCAAAAUGCAAUUAUGAGAGAAAUAGUAGACAGAUUUUUUCCAGAUACUUGGGUUAUAAGUGUUUAUAUGGGAAUUGUAAUCGAUCUUUGGGAUUGGUGGGUUCCUUAUAAAGCUGCUCGCUCUGCUUUAAACAACACACUUGAGAUUAAUAAUGUUAAAAUUAUUUCGCAAAAAUAUGGACAAGCUAUGGAGAUACAAAUUUACAAAACUGAAGAAGUCAGGACAAAAGUAACUCUAGAUGAAAGUACAUUAGGAUCAGUAAUAAAAUUAAUUCGAGAUUCAAAUGUAACGUUACAUUGGAUUUUAUUGCAUACGGCCAUUCCUACAUUUCUUUUGGGAGACACAAAAAAGUCUAGAUCUCUUCGUCUAAUGGUUAUACAAGAAAGUAAAUAUACCAUCAAUAAUGGUUUACGAUUGAUUUUAAGUUCAGCACAAAUAGAGCAUGAAGUUAAACAACUAUAUAAAACGCUGUUGAUUGAUAAAGAAGCAAAGUGGUUAAAAAACAAAGAAGCUUCUGUAGAGCGGAUAAAAGGACUUGCUGAAAUAUUUGGAGGUCAGAAAUUAUUUGAUGGCAUUGAUAUGAAUCAAUGUUUGGAGAUUUGGUUCAACGAUAUAAGUCAACAUGUUGCUACUUUAAAGAAAGAGGAUUCAAGAAAAAUACCUCAAUUAUUACAUGCUUUAGAAGAAGUUCAAGAAUUUCACCAGUUGGAAAAUAACUUGCACAUAUCCCAGCAUUUAAACGAUACGAGAGAUAUUCUACAUAACAUGUUACACACAAGUAACGUUACCGAAGAUACAUUGAUAACUUUAAAUAUUGUAACAGAUUGUUGUUACGCUUGGAAUAUUAUGGAAUCGUUUAUUCCAAUUAUGCAAGAAAAUAUUAAGGCGAAGCCACUGACUGUCAUUAAACUCAAAGCUCUCUUUUUAAAAAUGGCGUCAGCUUUAGAGACUCCUCUUCUUAGAGUAAAUCAAGCUCGAAGUGCAGAUUUAUCUUCAGUUUCCCAAUAUUAUAGUAGGGAAUUAGAAAGUUUUGCUCGACAAGUUUUACAAAUUAUUCCUGAAACAGUUUUCGGUAUUUUGGCUGAAAUCGUGCAUCUCGAAACAAACUUUUUCACUGACAUUCCAACAAAAUUGUACAAGGAUAAAAUCAAAGAUUAUGGACAGUUGAAUGAAAGACUAAAGAUGGCGGAACUGACUUAUUCUAUAUCUGUAUUUACAAAAGGAAUAUUGUCUUUGAGAAGUGUUUCACUAGGUGUCUUAAGAGUUGAUUCUCAUAACCUUUUAGAAGACGGCAUUCGCCAAGAAUUAUCGAAAAAAGUUACACUAGCUCUGGACAAGAGUUUAGUUUUCGAUUCAAAAUCAAAGAAUUCACUAAUGACUAAAUUACAAAAAUUGGCAAAUGUAAUGGAUGGAUAUCGAAAAUCUUUUCAAUAUAUUCAAGAUUAUAUAAACAUUAAUAGUUUGAAAGUUUGGCAUGAAGAGGUAACUUAUAUUAUAGAUAAUGCAGUAGAGGAAGAAUGUAAAGGCUCAAUCUGGACCCCGUUAAAAGUGUGGCCAUGUAAUCAAGAUGAAAAACUCAGUACACAUACAGUACAAAGUGAUUUUAGCUCAUUAACAUUUAUGGGAAGAUUAGCACAAGAAUUAAUACGAAUCACUGAUCCUAAAACAACUGUUUACAUUGAACACACUCUAGCGUGGUAUGAUUUAAAAAGUCAAACUGAGGUUAUUGAUUAUAAAGUAUUUUCUAUGAUAUUAAAGUCCAUGGGUACUCCAGGAUUGUCAAGAUUAGAUAAAAUGAUAACAUUUUAUGUAACUGUUGAAUUGGAAAAUUUAGUACAUUAUGUUAAUCAAGGUAUUAAAUCCAAGACUUGGAAAACAAUGCUUAAAGAAUGUGAAGUAAUUUCGCAAAAUGUGGAUUCAAAAAAUUAUCCUGGGAGAUUAUAUUCCACUGUGAACGUAUACGUUAAUAAGAUCUGGUCUCCAUUGUUGGAUUCAGUGUUAAAAAUUGGAAAUAUGCAAUUAUUAAGGCAUUUAAUUUCUUUUACAUUAAACACAGAAUGUAAAUUUGAGGCGAAACAUAUGGAAGGUGCUCUGAAAACUUUAAAUGAGGCAGUCCUUGGAGAAAUUCAGAAAAAGGAUAUUGAAAUAAAAUUAGAGGUAUUAAAGCAAAAACGAGGAUUAUUAUUAGAACUUAGUGUCAGGUUGGAUUGGGCUGGCAUUACUGAUCCUAUAAAAAAAUGUUAUAUUGAACCUCCUAGCAUUAAUAACAUGUCUCUUGUUAUGUUCUUAUUGACCGUAAUACAACUCCACAAAUUAUACUUCUGCAAAAAUACAGCAAGCCUCUUAAGUAAAAAAUUACAAGACCCAGUGGACUCUGUAAUUUUAUCACUGGGAGUACAAACAGUUUUACAGCAAUUUGAUGAAUUGCAAUUGAUGAAUUACAUUAGCUGCAUCUGUGAUUAUAUAGUCUCAUUUACAACUCCAGACAGUGCCAAAUUAACUAGCGAAUGGGAAAUGGAAGGUGCAGUUGGAUUACAUUUUUUGGAGUUAUUUUCCAAUUAUGCACAAAUUUCGAAAUCCAUCAUUUUAAAUACAAUUCCGUUGAUAGUAUUAGAACAACAUCAUUCAAGAAUAAGUAAAUAAUAAUUUCAUGUAAUUACCAAAUAUUUCAUUGUCGUUUUUGAUCAUGUCAAUAUUGAAUAUGAUUUUAUAUUAUAUAUGUAUAUAAUUGUGUAUGUUUAUUAAUAAAGUUUGCUUAAUUCAACUGAGAAUAAAAA